GGUGUGUUCUAUAACAUUAGAGCGAGAGGCUCCAUAUGUUGAUGUCUUGUUGAUACGAAAUAGUAAAAAAUGGCAGCGAUGUUUUUAACAAAGAGAGGAGCCAUAAACAUAUACAGAGCUUCUUCAUUACACAAGGAUUACAGCAACAGUUCUCGAUCAGUAGCUGAUAAAGUCAUUACCAUUACUAACUCUCGUUACUUCGUAUCCCAAGGGAACAACGGAGAGAAACCUGAAGAAGAGGCGAUGGGGACAACUACAGAUGGUAAGGCGCCGAAUGUGACGUUGAGUCAUGCCACGGAUACAGCCAAAGAUGGAUUGAAACGAGCCACAGAUGCAGCCAUCAAGAAGAGUGGAGAUGCAGGCAAGCGAAAGAAUGUAGAUAAUAAAGAAGGAGGUGAUGGUCAGGAGAGUGUAGCUGUGGGUGAAGAUGGAACUGUCAAAGGUCAAAAUCAGUCAUCAGGAUGACAAUGUAAUAGACUUUGUUAUAAGAUUAUCAAUUCCUAAUGAUGUAAUGGAUGUUGGUCUAAACCGUAUGAUAUGUGUUUACUUUUGUAUAAAACCAUAUGUUAUAGAAGAUUAAGUACUUAGCAUU